AUGGCCGUUUUGCGUGGUCGUAACUGUAUUUGGACGUCCAGAGCGGACUGGAUACUUUACAGUUACGCAUCCGCCCCUAAACUCGUGCGAGGUGCUGAUUUGGGCUCACUUUGGUUGUCAUUUUUUUCCAGCAAAAUAAAGAUUUGGGACUUCAAGGCGGCGCUGAAUCCGCGAUCUCGCACGAACCAACUGUGCAUCAAGACCCUUCACGAGCACACGGGUCGUGUGUUUCGUCUGCAGUUCGACGACUUCCAGAUUGUCUCCUCGUCUCACGACGACUCCAUCCUCAUUUGGGACUUCACUCAUACGGAUACCGGCUCAGCGAACAAUCAAGACGACGAAACGGGAAUGGGAGAGAAUGAUGAUGGCUUUUUUAACGAGGAGGCGGCUGCUGCAGCUGCCGGGGCGAUUCCAAACCUGUCUAAUCUGCGUCAGAUCCGAAUCAUCCACCCUCGCUCACCGCAGAUAGCUAACAGGUCUGCAGCUGUCACCAAUCUCGCUUCCGUUGCUUCUGCAACCACCGCUGCCGGUGACGCUGCUGGUUCUUCACAGACUGUUGGCCACGAAGCACACGCACCCUCCUCUUCCUCCGCCUCCUCCACCAUCACCGCCACGAAUCCUCCUCCACCACCCCACCCCUACUCCCCCGGUCCACAUCGUCACACUUGA